AUGUUUGGUGUUGAUAUGUUCAGUUUGCAGUAUCCCUUGACAAAUCCUUUCUCUAACAAAGUGACAAUCAAUGUCUAUGUGUUUUGUUCUUUCAUGAAAUAUAGGAUUUGCUGCUAUCUGAAUGGCUGCCAAAGUCACUAUGAUUAUUCUCUCUUUACAAAGCAAGCUGGUGAUGCUGUGGUAGUGAUAUUAGUGUAUGUAGAUGAUCUUCUAAUCACUGGAAGCAGUCAUGAACUGUUGUGCAGAACCAAACAAGAUAUUCAGAAAAGGUUCAAGAUGAAGGAUCUUGGGGAGCUAAAAUUCUUCCUAGGAAUUGAGUUUUCUAGGUCCAGUAAGGGAAUAUUAAUGACACAAAGGCAGUAUGCUUUAGAACUUGUGUCUGAAACUGGCCUAGGGGGAGCUAAACCAACCGAAGAUGAUGAGCCACUCACUGAUCCCACACAGUAUCAAAGGUUAGUAGGCAGGCUUCUCUACUUAACUAUGACCAGGCCAGACCUUGCAUUUACUGCUCAAGUACUUAGCCAAUUCAUGCAUAGUCCUAAGCAAUCACAUAUGGAAGCAACAUUGAGAGCAGUGAGGUAUAUCAAGGAAUCUCCUGGUCUAGGAUUAUUAAUGCCAGCAGAACAGACCACACAACUAACAGCUUAUUGUGACUCAGAUUGGGUGCAUGUCUAG